UCAAAUGGAAAGUGCAUUCAGAAGUCGUUUGUACUUUAGUGCAUUUAUUUUAAUUUAACGUUUAUCGUGGAAAGUCGAGAAAAUACCAUGGUGGAAGCCACAUUCACUUCUUAAAUUUUAUAGGAGCAUGAAAAAUCAUUAGUUUUCAUUCUUUUCGUAAAUUAAUUCCGUAAUUGUGAUUUCGAAAGUACUAUAUUAUAAAUAAUAAGGUUUGAAAUGUCUUUUUUACGUGGUUCUGAAAACUAUGUGUGGUGUACAACGAGUGUGCUUGGGAAAGGUGCUACAGGGGCAGUGUUUCAAGGGGUUAAUAAAAACAAUGGAGAACCAGUCGCGGUCAAAACAUUUAACCAGCUCAGUCACAUGAGACCGCACGAUGUGCAAAUGCGAGAAUUCGAAGUUAUCAAAAAAGUAAAACAUGAAAACAUUGUAAAACUGCUAGCCAUUGAAGAGGAACGGGAAGGGAGAGGCAAAGUUAUUGUGAUGGAGCUGUGUACUGGCGGCAGUUUGUUUAACAUACUUGACGACCCGGAAAAUACUUAUGGUCUCCAGGAGCAAGAGUUCUUAUUGGUCUUGGAGCAUCUAACAGCUGGAAUGAAACAUUUGCGUGAUAAUAACUUGGUGCAUAGAGAUCUGAAGCCCGGAAAUAUAAUGAAGUUUAUCAAUGAAGAUGGUACAACAACAUACAAACUAACAGACUUUGGAGCGGCUAGGGAGUUGCAGGAAGAGGAGCAGUUUGUUUCUUUGUAUGGUACUGAAGAAUAUCUUCAUCCAGAUAUGUAUGAAAGAGCUGUGCUAAGGAAACCGGCAAGUAAAAGUUUUGGAGCCACUGUGGAUUUGUGGUCAAUUGGUGUGACACUAUACCAUGUGGCAACAGGACAGUUGCCUUUCAGACCUUUUGGGGGAAGGAGGAAUAAGGAAACUAUGUUUUUAAUUACUACUCAGAAAGCUUCAGGGGUUAUCUCUGGAUCGCAAACAACUGAGAAAGGGCCAAUUGAGUGGUCUCGUGAGUUACCCUCUCAUGUGCAGCUAAGUGUUGGUCUCAGGAAGUUGGUCACUCCCCUGCUUGCUGGCCUUUUGGAAGUGGACCCUCACAGAAUAUGGACAUUUGAGAGGUUCUUCUCUGAGGUCCAGACUGUCACAACAACUAAACCUGUUCACGUUUUUCAUGUUCACAAAGCUGUGAGCUUGAAGGUGUUUCUAAAGCCCGAUGAAAAGUUUGAGCAUCUACAAACGUACAUCUGCGAGCAGACGAGCGUGGUUGCCGAGUCGCAGAUUCUGCUCUAUCAGGACAAAUUGAUUCUCACUGAGAUCGACGAGAAUACGCCUGGCAAGAGCUACCCGGACACGACGGCGGAGCAGCCGCUGCUGCUGUUCAGCAAGAGCGAGAGCGGCGUCAGCAUGCCGCCCGAGCCCGAGGCGCCCAAGUUCCCCGUCUUCCCGACCAUCAUCUCCAUCGAGAACGACGCGGCGCAGGCCAAGACCGCCUGCAGCGUCGGCCACGUCAUCAAGCGCCGCGUCGAGCGGCUCUGCGCCGCCUCCGUGCUGUGCGGCGCCAGCGUGGCGCGCUGGGGCGCGCUGGUCGCCGCGCGCCUGCGCGCCGUGGCCGCGCGCGCCGACGCGCUGGCGCAGCACGCCGCGCGCCUGCACGACGCGGCGCGCGCGCUCGAGCUGGCCGCGCGCGCCGCCCGCCUGCCCGGCGCCGUGCCGGCCGACGGCGCGGCGCGGGCGGCGCGCGACGCGGCCGCGCUGGGCGCCGCCGCGGCGGGGCUGGCGGCGCGCCACGCGGCCGGCGAGCUGCGCGCCGAGUGGGACGAGGCCGUGCCGCACGCGCCGUGCCCGGCCGCGCUGCGCCUGCACGUGCGCGCGCGCGCGCUGGCCGAGCGGCUGCGCGACUCGUGGCAGCACCUGGUGCGCGACCGCGCCACGCGCUCGCUCACCUACAACGACGAGCAGUUCCACAUGCUGGAGCGCAUCACGGUGGCGGAGACGGGCCGGCGCGCGCGCGCGCUGCUGCUGCGCGCCGCGCCGCUCGCCCGCGCGCGCGCCGCCGCCAUCGCCGACUGGUACAAGGUGGCGCAGACGGUCUACCUGCAGACGCAGAUCCUGGACAAGGACGUGUCGAGCGGUGAGAUGAAGCUGCUGGCGCUGGCGGCGCGGCUGCAGGAUAGCGAGGUGCGCACGCGCAACGCACUCGCCGCUCUCCCGCCGCUGAACGAACCGUCACUCGAGUCAACAACAUCUGACAAGGAAAGAGACAGGCGUAACGUAUCCAACGGGAAGGCGAGUCGCGCGGGGUCCGCUGGGCCCGCGGGGUCAACGGGAGUCGUGGCGGGAGGGGUGGGGGCCAGCGGGGCCGGCGUGCGCGCGCUGCUGGCGGCCGGCGACGAGGUGGCGGCCGCGCUCGCCAACAACUCGGCGCUGCUGGCGCGCCUCGUGCGCUUAACCGACGCGGGCCCCUAGCGCCCGACAACCCCGCCGACCCCGCGCGCUUGCUGGUGCGACAGCCUACACAGUGAUGGCGUCCCCAACGACACUCAACUCGACACCAACGUUAGUGAAAGUGACAGUGAAGUGCCAAUAGUGUAUUCGGAUAGUGACAGCGAGUGCACCAACUCGGAGGAAGAUCUAACUUCCCUCGACUCGGGGAUACGGACGGUCAUAUACGAAUCGGCGAGCUCGAGAGACCCGGACACGUUAAAGGAGGUGGAGGGGGAUAAUAACAGUGAUCAUUUGAAAACGCGCUCAAAGUCCACAUGUGCAAUUAGCUAGGGUUAGCUUUUGAAAUUGUAAAGUUAAUAAAACAAGCAAUAUACACGCAUACAAAAAAA